AUGGCGAGCCCCCAAGAUACCAAGACCGCUGUUUCGGUCGACAUCCCCAGCGACGAGAAGCAGCAUGUUGCGCAUGCCGAUUCUCACGAAGAGGACCUUGACCCGGUUGGCAUUGCCGCCGAGAUUGCGCACGAGGUCAACGAGAACAGCUAUUCACCAUGGACCAAGUCCAUGUUCCAACUCUAUGGUGUCUUGUUCGUUGCAUACUGCUGCGGUUGUCUCAACGGAUACGAUGGAAGUCUGAUGGGCGGUCUGAACGGCAUGGUGUCAUACCAAACAACCUUCAACAUGACGUCUGCCGGAUCGGCAACAGGCCUUGUUUUCAUGAUCUACAACGUUGGCCAGCUGUCGGCCGCGCUCACUGUCCCCAUCGCCACGGAUCUCUUUGGCCGCCGCAUCGCUAUGUUUAUGGGAGCCCUCAUCAUCAUCCUCGGCACCUGCGUCCAAGCAACCGCAAACACCAUGCCCCAGUUCAUGGGAGGUCGCUUCGUUCUCGGUUUCGGCGUCUCGUACUGCUGCAUCGCUGCGCCAACCUACGUGAGCGAGCUGGCACACCCGAAGUGGCGUGGAACCUUGACUGGUCUCUACAACUGCAUGUGGCCUCUUGGUGCCAUCAUCUCGGGAUGGACUGUGUACGGUGCCAGCUUCAUCACCGGAAACAAUGGAUGGCGUAUCCCGGUGUGGAUCCAGCUUGUUACCUCCGGUAUUGUCGCCAGCUUUGUCUACUUCCUCCCAGAGUCGCCUCGAUGGCUCAUUGCCAACGACAAGCAUGACGAAGCUGCUCGUAUUCUCGCCAAGCUCCACGGCGAGGGCGACGUCGACCACCCCAUUGUUCAGCUGCAACUCAAGGAGAUGAUGGCUCAGAUCUCGACCGAGGCCUCGGACAAGCGCUGGUGGGACUACAGGGAGCUGUACAACACGCACAGCGCCCGCCGUCGUCUCAUCUGCGUGCUCGGCAUGGCCAUCAUGGGCCAGGCGUCCGGAAACUCGCUCGCAAGCUACUACCUCGUCACCAUGAUGAACACUGCCGGCAUCAAGGACGAGAAGCUGGUUCUCGCCCUCAACGCCGUCAACUCGAUGCUCGGUUUCGCCGGAUCCAUCGUCGGCGCCCGCCUCACCGAUCGCGUCGGCCGCCGCCCUCUGCUGAUCUACAGCAUCCUCACCGCCUCGGUCAUCUUCGCCGUCAUCACGGGCACGUCCAAGAUGGCCGUCGACGACCCCGACAACACCAACGCCGCCAACGCCACCAUCGCCUUCAUCUUCCUCUUCGGCGUCGUCUUCUCCCUCGGCUGGACGGCCCAGCAGAGCAUGUACAUCGCCGAGACCCUGACGACGUCGACCCGCGCCAAGGGUACGGCCAUUGGCAACUUUGCGUCGAGCGGCAUCUCCAUCGUGCUGGCCUACUCGUCCGGCCCCGCCUUUGAGCAGAUCGGCUACUACUUCUACCUCGUCUUUGUGUUCUGGGACAUUGCCGAGGCCAUCUUCAUCUACUUCUUCUUCCCCGAGACGAAGGAUCGCACGCUCGAGGAGCUAAGCGAGGUCUUCGAGGCGCCGAACCCGGUCAAGAAGUCGCUGGAGCCCAGGUCUGCCUCGACUGUCAUGGCGACGAUGCACGUGCACGAUGAGAAGCUGGUGCGCGACGUGUAG